AAAGUGGGAGGCUCCUGGCUUGGUCCCCUCCCGUUCAGUCCCGGGCUGCGCCUGGGUCCCCUCCCUCCAAUCCACUCGGCGCCCGCACCUCGGGCCGUCAGGACCCGGGCUGUCCUCGGAAGUACCCGGACGUCCUCUCCAAGCCAGGACAUCAGGGCACAUGACUAGUAUCAAGAUGCUCCAGGGUUCUUUUUCUGUGCUCCUGCUUGGGGGGCUCUUGGGGGUCCUCCAUGCCCAGCAGCAGGAAGUCAUCUCACCUGACAUUUCCACCACUGACAGGAACAACAAUUGUCCAGAGAAGGCUGACUGCCCAGUCAAUGUGUACUUCGUGUUGGACACCUCAGAGAGCGUGGCCAUGCAGUCCCCCACAGACAGCCUGCUUUAUCAUAUGCAGCAGUUCGUACCGCAGUUCAUCAGUCAGCUGCAGAAUGAAUUCUACCUGGACCAGGUGGCCCUGAGCUGGCGCUACGGUGGUCUACACUUCUCGGAUCAGGUGGAGGUGUUCAGCCCACCAGGCAGCGACCGGGCCUCCUUCACUAAGAGCCUACAAAGCAUCCGCUCCUUCCGCAGGGGCACCUUCACCGACUGUGCAUUGGCCAACAUGACGCAACAGAUCCGGCAGCAUGUAGGCCGGGGUGUGGUCAACUUUGCUGUGGUCAUCACCGAUGGCCACGUCACAGGCAGUCCGUGCGGGGGCAUCAAAAUGCAGGCCGAGCGUGCCCGUGAGGAGGGCAUCCGGCUCUUUGCAGUAGCCCCUAACAGGAACCUAAAUGAACAAGGCCUGAGGGACAUAGCCAAUACCCCUCAUGAGCUCUACCGCAACAACUACGCUACCAUGCGGCCGGACUCUACUGAGAUUGACCAGGACACCAUCAACCGUAUCAUCAAGGUCAUGAAACAUGAAGCCUACGGAGAGUGCUACAAGGUGAGCUGCCUGGAGAUUCCUGGACCCCACGGACCCAAGGGUUACCGAGGACAGAAGGGUGCCAAAGGCAACAUGGGUGAACCAGGAGAGCCUGGACAAAAAGGACGACAGGGAGACCCUGGCAUCGAAGGCCCUAUUGGAUUUCCAGGACCCAAGGGUGUGCCUGGCUUCAAGGGAGAGAAGGGUGAAUUUGGAUCAGAUGGUCGGAAGGGAGCGCCCGGCCUAGCUGGCAAGAAUGGAACGGACGGACAGAAGGGCAAACUGGGUCGCAUUGGGCCUCCUGGUUGCAAGGGAGACCCUGGAAGUCGGGGUCCUGAUGGAUACCCCGGAGAAGCUGGAAGCCCAGGCGAGCAAGGAGACCAGGGCGCCAAGGGGGACUCUGGCCGCCCAGGACGCAGGGGACCACCAGGAGAUCCUGGAGACAAAGGAAGCAAGGGAUAUCAAGGCAACAACGGAGCUCCUGGAAGUCCAGGAGUGAAAGGCGCCAAGGGAGUACCUGGCCCCCGUGGACCAAAAGGAGAGCCUGGACGCAGAGGAGACCCUGGGACCAAGGGCGGCCCGGGGAGUGACGGUCCAAAGGGAGAGAAGGGAGACCCUGGUCCUGAGGGGCCACGAGGCCUGGCUGGAGAAGUUGGCAGUAAAGGCGCUAAGGGAGACAGAGGUUUGCCUGGACCCAGAGGCCCCCAGGGGGCUCUUGGGGAACCAGGAAACCAGGGAUCUCGGGGAGAUCCUGGUGAUGCUGGGCCUCGAGGAGAUUCAGGACAGCCAGGCCCUAAGGGAGAUCCUGGAAGGCCUGGAUUCAGCUACCCAGGACCCCGAGGGAUACCCGGUGAAAAAGGCGAGCCCGGCCCACCAGGCCCUGAGGGAGGCCGAGGAGACUUUGGUCUGAAAGGAGCUCCUGGACGGAAGGGAGACAAAGGGGAACCAGCUGAUCCUGGUCCCCCUGGUGAACCUGGCCCUCGAGGACCAAGAGGAAUCCCAGGACCUGAGGGAGAACCCGGCCCUCCAGGAGACCCUGGUCUCACGGAAUGUGACGUCAUGACCUAUGUGAGGGAGACCUGUGGGUGCUGUGACUGUGAGAAGCGCUGCGGCGCCCUGGAUGUGGUCUUCGUCAUCGACAGCUCCGAGAGUAUCGGCUACACCAACUUCACCUUGGAGAAGAACUUUGUCAUCAAUGUGGUCAACAGGCUGGGCGCCAUUGCCAAGGACCCCAAGUCUGAAACAGGUACACGUGUGGGUGUGGUGCAGUACAGCCACGAGGGCACCUUUGAGGCCAUCCGACUGGACGACGAGCGAGUCAACUCCCUGUCCAGUUUCAAGGAGGCUGUCAAAAACCUCGAAUGGAUCGCCGGUGGCACUUGGACGCCCUCUGCCCUCAAGUUCGCCUAUAAUCAGCUUAUCAAAGAGAGCCGACGCCAGAAGACCCGGGUGUUCGCAGUGGUCAUCACAGAUGGCCGCCAUGACCCCCGAGAUGAUGACCUCAAUCUUCGGGCACUGUGUGACCGUGACGUCACCGUGACAGCCAUCGGCAUCGGUGACAUGUUCCACGAGACUCAUGAGAGCGAGAACCUCUACUCCAUCGCCUGUGACAAGCCACAGCAGGUGCGCAACAUGACGCUGUUCUCUGACCUGGUGGCCGAGAAGUUCAUCGAUGACAUGGAAGACGUCCUUUGUCCGGACCCUCAGAUCGUGUGCCCAGAACUUCCCUGCCAAACAGAGCUUUAUGUGGCCCAGUGCACACAACGGCCCGUGGACAUUGUCUUCCUGCUGGAUGGCUCGGAGAGACUGGGCGAGCAGAACUUCUACAAGGCACGGCGCUUCGUGGAGGAGGUGUCACGGCGCCUGACUCUGGCAGGAAGGGACGACGACCCGCUCAACGCCCGCAUGGCCCUGUUGCAGUAUGGCAGCCAGAAUCAGCAGCAGGUGGCCUUCCCACUGACCUACAAUGUGACCACCAUCCACGAGGCACUGGAGCGAACCACCUACCUCAAUUCCUUUUCUCACGUGGGAUCGGGCAUCGUGUACGCCAUCAACAACGUGGUGCAGGGGGCACGGGGUGGGGCACGGCGUCACGCAGAGCUCUCCUUCGUCUUCCUCACGGAUGGCGUCACGGGCAACGACAGCCUGGAGGAGUCGGUGCACUCCAUGCGGAAACAGAACGUGGUGCCCACCGUGGUCGCUGUGGGCGGUGAUGUGGACAUGGAUGUGCUCACCAAGAUCAGCCUGGGUGACAGGGCGGCCAUCUUCCGGGAGAAAGACUUUGACAGUCUGGCCCAGCCCAGCUUCUUCGACAGGUUCAUCCGCUGGAUCUGUUAGCACCGCCAUGCUUGGCCAUCUCUUGACCAACUCCCCAUCUGUGGUGCUAAUAGGACCCUAGCCCUGCCGGUUGCAGCUAGACGGUAUACUUGGGUCUUUCUAGAAAGUGAAAGCCCUUCUCCCAAGGUCAGGACAGAAGGACUCUGAACCCAAAGCCCCUUACCUACCUUCAGUUCCCUUGGCUUCCCCUCCCGACGUCCCCAUUCUACCUAUACCUUGCCCUUAAGCGUUGGAGGAUUCCAGAGUCUUCCUGCUGCCUGUUUCCCACAGCCUCUGUCCCUCGCUUCCCUUUCCACUUCAUGCAUCCGCUAGUUCCUUCUGAAGGCUGUCUGCUGCCCUGCACCAGUCCUGUCCGGGGCCCUCUCUUUCUCUGCCCAUUAUUUCCUAUCUCAGGAGAUCAGACCUGAGAGCCCCAUGUCACAUACCCAAUGGCCCAAUAAAGGUUUUGAGCCUCCCUGUUGCUACCAGA